UGGGGAACCCAGUUUCUGAGGAACUUUUCAAGGCCGCGGGGCCACUACCAAGGCCGGGGCGGGACGCUAAAGCUCGGCGCUCUCUGGGACCGGCCAACUGCGGCGGCGGGCCUGGCGGGCCGCCCAGAGGCGGCAGCUGCACCAUGGAGGGGCCGUCCUUCGGCGAGACGGCUCUGGAGCAAACGCUGGCUGAGCUGUGCGAGCUGGACACGACACUGCUGACCGACAUGGAAGACAUGCUUCAGCUCAUCAACAACCAAGACAGUGACUUCCCUGGCCUGUUUGAUCCACCUUAUGCUGGAGGCGGGGCAGGGGACACAGAGCCUGCCAGCCCCAGUGCCAGCUCCCCAGGAAGCUUGUCUCCAUCUCCUGCCUCGCUGAGCUCACCUCUGGAAGCCUUCCUGGGGGACCCCAAGGCAGCACCCUCACCCCUGUCCCCUCCCCAGUCGGCACCCACCCCAUUGAAGAUGUACCCAUCCGUGUCCCCCUUCUCCCCUGGACCUGGUAUCAAAGAAGAGCCAGUGCCACUAACCAUCCUGCAGCCCCCCACCCCACAACCCCUGUCGGGGACCCUCCUGCCCCAGAGUUUUGUGUCCCCAGCCCCUCCACAGUUCAACUCUGCCCCUGUGUUGGGUUACUCCAAUCCUCCUGGAAGCUUUUCAGCAGGGAUCCCUCCUGGGAGCACCCAGCAGCCGCUGCCUGGCCUGCCACUGGCUUCCCCGCCAGGGGUCCCACCUGUCUCCUUGCAUAGCCAGGUCCAGAGUGCGACUCCCCAGCAGCUGCUGACAGCCACAGCGGCCCCUGGAACAACCACCGUAACUUCACAGAUCCAGCAGGUCCCGGUCCUGCUGCAGCCCCACUUCAUCAAGGCAGACUCACUGCUCCUGACCACCAUGAAGACAGACGUGGGGGCCACUGUGAAGGCUGCGGGUAUUAGCUCCCUGGCCCCUGGCACAGCUGUACAGACAGGGCCACUGCAGACCCUGAUGAGUGGCGGAACCAUCCUGGCCACAGUCCCACUGGUUGUGGACACUGACAAGCUGCCCAUUAACCGGCUGGCAGCUGGCAGCAAGGCCGGGGGCUCAGCCCAGAGCCGUGGUGAGAAGCGCACAGCCCACAAUGCCAUCGAGAAGCGCUACCGCUCUUCCAUCAACGACAAGAUAGUGGAGCUCAAGGAUUUGGUGGUGGGCACCGAGGCAAAGCUGAAUAAAUCUGCUGUCUUGCGCAAGGCCAUUGACUACAUCCGCUUCUUACAACACAGCAACCAGAAACUCAAGCAGGAGAACCUAAGUCUGCGAACUGCUGCCCACAAAAGCACAGAAUCACUAAAGGAUCUGGUGUCCACUUGCGGCAGUAAAGGAAACACAGACGUGCCCAUGGAGGGUGUGAAGCCUGAGUUGGACACACUGACCCCGCCACCCUCAGAUGCUGGCUCACCCUCCCAGAGCAGCCCCUUGUCCCUUGGGAGCAGGGGUUGUGGCAGUGGUGGCAGCAGCAGUGACUCGGAGCCUGACAGCCCAGUCUUUGAGGACAGCCAGGUGAAGCCAGAGCAGUUACCUUCGCCCCACAGCCGGGGCAUGCUGGAUCGCUCCCGCCUGGCCCUGUGCACACUUGUCUUCCUUUGUCUGUCCUGUAACCCCUUGGCCUCCCUGCUGGGUGGCUGGAAGCUUCCUGGCCCCUCAGAUGCCACGGGUAUCCACCACAGUUCUGGGCGCAACAUGCUGGGCACAGAGGGCAGAGAUGGCUCCGACUGGGCCCAGUGGCUGCUGCCCCCUCUGGUCUGGCUGGUCAAUGGGCUACUGGUGCUGGCCUCCUUGGCAUUUGUCUUUGUCUAUGGGGAACCAGUGACACGGCCCCACUCAGGCCCUGCUGUGCACUUCUGGAGACAUCGCAAGCAGGCUGAUCUGGACCUGGCCCGGGGGGACUUUGCCCAGGCUGCUCAGCAGCUGUGGCUGGCCCUGCAGGCACUGGGCAGGCCCCUACCCACCUCCCACCUGGACCUGGCCUGCAGUCUGCUCUGGAACCUCAUUCGCCACCUGCUACAGCGACUCUGGGUGGGCCGCUGGCUGGCGGGCCAGGCUGGGGGCCUGAGAAGGGACUGUACAUUGAGGGUGGAUGCAUGCGCCAGUGCCCGAGAUGCGUCCCUCGUCUACCAUAAGCUGCACCAGCUGCACACCAUGGGGAAGUACACGGGUGGGCACCUUGCUGCCACCAACCUCGCACUGAGUGCCCUGAACCUGGCAGAGUGUGCGGGGGAUGCUGUGUCCAUGGCAACGCUGGCGGAGAUCUACGUGGCAGCUGCCCUGAGGGUCAAGACCAGUCUGCCAAGGGCCUUGCACUUUCUGACACGCUUCUUCCUGAGUAGCGCCCGCCAGGCCUGCCUGGCACAGAGUGGCUCAGUGCCUCUUGCCAUGCAGUGGCUCUGCCACCCUGUGGGUCACCGUUUCUUCGUGGAUGGGGACUGGGCCGUGCGCAGUGCCCCGUGGGAGAGCCUGUACAGCUUGGCCGGGAACCCAGUGGACCCUCUGGCCCAGGUGACACAGCUGUUCCGUGAACAUCUCCUGGAGCGAGCACUGAACUGUGUGGCCCAGCCCAGCCCCAGCCCCAGCUCUGGAUCAGCUGAUGGGGACAGGGAAUUCUCAGAUGCCCUGGGAUACUUGCAGCUGCUGAGCAGUUGUUCUGAUGUUGCUGGAGCUCCUGCCUGCAGCUUCUCCAUCAACUCCAGCGUGGCUGCCACCACCGGUACAGACCCUGUGGCCAAGUGGUGGGGCUCAUUGACGGCGGUGGUGAUUCACUGGCUGCGGCGGGAUGAAGAGGCUGCUGAGCGGCUCUACCCUUUGGUAGAGCACCUGCCCCGUGCUCUGCAGGAGUCCGAAAAACCUCUGCCCAAGGCGGCACUGCACUCCUUCAAGGCUGCCCGGGCUUUGUUGGGUCGUAGAAAGUCAGAGUCUGGCCCAGCCAGCCUGGCCAUCUGCGAGAAAGCCAGUGGGUACCUGAGGGACAGCCUGGCCACCACUCCAACUGGCAGCUCCAUUGACAAGGCCGUGCAGCUGCUCCUGUGUGACCUGCUCCUUGUGGCACGCACUAGCCUGUGGAGGCAGCAGCAGCCCCCAGCCUCAGCACAGGUGGCUCAGGGUGCCAGCGGUGGGCCCCAGGCCUCUGCCCUCGAGCUACGCGGCUUCCAACGGGACCUGAGUGGCCUGAGGCGUCUGGCACAGAGCUUCCGUCCUGCCAUGAGGAGGGUGUUCUUACAUGAGGCCACAGCCCGGCUGAUGGCAGGAGCCAGCCCUACACGGACACACCAACUCCUGGACCGCAGUCUGAGGAGGCGAGCAGGUCCUGGUGGCAAAGGCGCCGCGGCGGAGCUGGAGCCGCGACCUACGAGGCGGGAGCAUGCAGAAGCUCUGCUACUGGCCUCCUGCUACCUGCCGCCCGGCUUCUUGUCGGCACCGGGGCAGCGUGUGGGCAUGCUGACUGAGGCGGCUCGUACUCUUGAGAAAUUGGGCGAUCGCCGGCUUCUGCACGACUGCCAGCAGAUGCUUAUGCGCCUGGGCGGCGGGACUACAGUUACCUCCAGCUAGACCUCCGACGUCGUCCACGGUCUCAGCGUCCCGGUCUUCACGGCUCUGUGCCUGAGGGGUGGGAGGCGGGAGAGGCGCGACCCACCACCUCGGCCCACUCCUCAACUUGACAAGCGGCCACCAGGAUGGUGCUGACCUCUGGUGGCCGAUCGGGGAAUUACAGGAGCCGAACCGACCGCGUGCCACCCCCUUGCUCUGCAGGCUUAGUGGCUUUUUCCUCGCUUUUCUAGAGGGAGGAGAGGGGUACCUUUCUUCGAGCCGAGGGAGGUCCUGCCCCGAGGUGCCUCUCUCCCUUUUGGGGGAGACUUGUACAUAGUGUAGAUCCGGGUGGGCCAGCCUCCUUGCCUUGGAGGCUCAUGUGCUCCUUUUCCUUUUGCAAACUUUAUUUUCGUAGGUUGAGAAGUUUUGUACAGAGAAUAAAAAAUGAAAUUAUU